UCUCAAAGGCCUCAUUUAUGGAGCUGGAGACACACCCAUGCAGUGUGCUGACGCAAGCAGGGGGCAAGGCUGUCCCCCCAGCACACACUCAGGUGGUGCCCCCAGAGGGGGAAGGUGCUCAGGAAGGUGGUCCUUGGUGGACAGCUGCACUGUGAGUCCUGGGACUCAAGGCAUGGGUGCCUGCACAGCCCCUCACUGGCCGUGGCCCCACCCCGUGGUCCUGGGAGCCUCUGCUCCCUUUAGGGUUCUCCAUCAGGAGGAGCGAAUGGGAGUUGUGAAGUCCACCCAGGGCAGGGAGCUUGGUGUGUGGGCCCAUCCUGUGCCUGUGCCUGUGGGGUGUGGGGUGUCUUCCAUGUUCUACGUGGGGAGGCGGGUCCUCGUGCCCUGCCAGCAACAGGCCAACAGGUCCACUCCCACGUGUCACCCUGUACAAACACGCGGCCUGUGUCCACCAGCAGGUACUGUUUGUGACAGACAGGAGAUGCCCAAUGGUGUCUGUACAUUAAAGACAACGACGCACGGCCACCAGGGUGUCAGGGAGUGGCUCCAGGGCAGGCGGAUGCCCUAGGUGUUCUGGGGCAAUUAAUGUUUUCUUGAUUGGUCUGGGGUGCUACUUUCCUGGCUUUGUUUAGGUUGGGGCAUCCACGAACCUGCAUAUUCACAAGUCGUGUACUUUCAUGUACGAUGUACCUCAGCAGAAAGCACAAAGGGGGGGCAGCUUUGUCAGUUGGGUGUUGCCGAUGGAAGGGGCACGAAAUUGUAAGUGGGCACGAAUAUGUGAUGACAUGUGGGCCUCCUGGGACUCGGGUGGGGGAGAGAAAGUGGGCUUGCACAGGAAUGUCACAGAUGACACUCAAAACACUGAGACCUCCCUCUCAGCCUCCUCCCAGCCACCACUGAACAAGGCCCUGACCUGUCUUGUUGCUUCAAGUUGCUCCCUGUCCAGACUGUUCUGUUCCCCCUCCCCCCUCUGCUCUGUAGAGGAGGAACUUCAGUCUUCAGUGAGAAAGUGCUGGGAGUGCCCUGGAGCGCGGCCUACCAUGUGGCUGGAGACAGAGGUCUGCCCUUGAAGUGGUUUCUCUGCAGAGGAAGUGGGGGCUGUCAGGCCAGGGCUGGCAGCUCUGUCCCUGCCCCUCCCCCGACAGGAGGGUGAGGCUGACCAAGACCCUGGUGCGGCUGGGAUGCCCUUCCACAGGGCUCCGUGAAGGGGGCAGGCGUCCUGGGGGGCAGGGGUUGCCCUUAGCAUCUACCAUGGGGUAGGGAGUUAGGGGUUCAGGCUGGGGGUGGAUGGUCAACAGCCAACGAGUGGCAGAGUGGCAUCAGGUGGGUGGCCGGAGAUCAGCGAUGGCUCCAAGGAGGAGGUGGUGUUUGCAGGGGGCCUGGAGCAGCUGUAGAGGAGGCCCCCACAUCAGCAGGCACUGGGAGAGGAGCCAGGCUGGGAGCGCUGGUUGGCUGAGCACAGGUGAGACGGGAGACGUCCAGCUGAGCCCCAGAGUCGGGUGUCCUUGGAGCCUGGCUGCCAUUUGUACUGCCUGGAGGAAGGCCUGCCGGGGUACUGUGCGUGGGUGCUCUCUGAUUGUGUGUCCAGGGUGCAUGCCCAUCAUGUGGCCACCCUCAGGAGGAGGGGCUCCGGGGACUUUAAAGAUGUGGAGAAAGGCUUCAUUCUUUCUGGGACUUCAGCCAACCCCAGCCUGGAGAAGGAGGAGGCCUGGCCAGCCACGAGCCAGCAAGCAGCAUAAAGACGUAUGACAGGACCUGAGCAACAGCACCUCCACAGAAGAGGUGGGGAGGUGGGCUGAGGGCCUGGGGUUCGCAGAGACUAGGGGGUUGGUGCAAGGGAGCUUGGGGUCCUGGCUGGGAAGCGACCACUCUGGUGGGAAGCUGGGGUCUCUUCAGCUGGGUCAUGGCCGAGCUGACAUCGGUACAGACAGGGAGAGGGUGAAUGUGAGGGUGGUCCUGGGGGACACGAGCUCUGCUGGUGGCACCAUGAGCUGAGCGGGACGCCUGAGAGUGAGGAUCCCUUCCUGCUCCCUGCUGGGACUAUGUCUAUGCAGGGCCCCCAGAGGAGGCUGCUGGGCUCCCUCAACUCCACCCCCCCAGCCACCCCUCACCUCAGGCUGGCUGCCAACCAGACAGGGCCCCGGUGCCUGGAGGUGUCCAUUCCUGACGGGCUCUUCCUCAGCCUGGGGCUGGUGAGUGUGGUGGAGAACGUGCUGGUGGUGGCCGCCAUCGCCAAGAACCGCAACCUGCACUCGCCCAUGUAUUACUUCAUCUGUUGCCUGGCUGUGUCCGACCUGCUGGUGAGCGUAAGCAACGUGCUGGAGACGACGGUCAUGCUGCUGCUGGAGGCAGGCGCCAUGGCCACCCGGGCCGCCGUGGUGCAGCAGCUGGAUGACAUCAUUGACGUACUCAUCUGUGGCGCCAUGGUGUCCAGCCUCUGCUUCCUGGGCGCCAUUGCCGUGGACCGCUACAUCUCCAUCUUCUAUGCGCUGCGAUACCAUAACAUUGUCACACUGCCCCGGGCGUGGCGGGCCAUCUCCACUAUCUGGGUGGCUAGCGUCCUGUCCAGCACGCUCUUCAUUGCCUACUACAAUCACACGGCCGUCCUCCUUUGUCUUGUCAGCUUCUUUGUAGCCAUGCUGGUGCUCAUGGCCGUGCUCUACGUCCACAUGCUUGCCCGGGCUUGCCAGCACGCCCGAGGCAUUGCUCGUCUCCAUAAGAGGCAGCGCCCUGCCCACCAGAGCUUUGGCCUCAAGGGCGCUGCCACGCUCACCACCCUGUUGGGCGUUUUCUUUCUCUGCUGGGGCCCCUUCUUCCUGCACCUCUCGCUCAUGGUCCUCUGCCCUCAACACCCCAUCUGUGGCUGCGUCUUCAAGAACUUCAAGCUCUUCCUCACCCUCAUCAUCUGCAACUCCAUCGUUGACCCCCUCAUCUACGCCUUCCGCAGCCAGGAGCUCCGAAAGACGCUCCAAGAGGUAAUGCUGUGCUCCUGGUCUGGGGAUCUGAGCCUGGAGUCUCAGUGUGGGGAGCAUGACAAGUACUGCUCCCCAGGAGGGCCCCAAGAAAAGGGGCUUUGUGACCAGCAAGGCCUGGCCCCCCACGACCGCUUCCGAAAGCGGCCUUGGGCCGAGGAGGUCAUGGACACCCAAGCAGUGUUCUGGGAGGUCAUCAGUGACGAGCAUGGUAUAGACCCCAGUGGCAACUACGUGGGGGACUCAGACCUGCAGCUGGAGCGUAUCAGUGUCUACUACAACGAAGCCUCCUCUCAUAAGUACGUGCCUCGGGCCAUUCUGGUGGACCUUGAGCCUGGAACCAUGGACAGCGUCCGGUCUGGGGCCUUUGGGCAUCUUUUCAGGCCUGACAACUUCAUCUUCGGUCAGAGCGGGGCUGGCAACAACUGGGCCAAGGGUCACUACACUGAGGGCGCUGAGCUGGUGGACUCCGUCCUGGACGUGGUGCGGAAGGAGUGUGAGAAUUGCGACUGCCUGCAGGGCUUCCAGCUGACCCACUCUCUCGGUGGGGGCACAGGGUCUGGGAUGGGCACACUGCUCAUCAGCAAGGUGCGUGAGGAGUACCCUGACCGCAUCAUGAACACCUUCAGCGUGGUACCCUCGCCCAAGGUGUCGGACACGGUGGUGGAGCCCUACAAUGCCACGCUGUCCAUCCACCAGCUGGUGGAGAACACGGACGAGACCUACUGCAUCGACAAUGAGGCUUUGUAUGACAUCUGCUUCCGCACCCUCAAGCUGGCCACGCCCACCUACGGCGACCUCAACCACCUGGUGUCGGCCACCAUGAGCGGCGUCACCACUUCCCUCCGCUUCCCCGGCCAGCUCAAUGCUGACCUGCGCAAGCUGGCCGUGAACAUGGUGCCCUUCCCCCGCCUGCAUUUCUUCAUGCCCGGCUUCGCGCCGCUCACCGCCAGGGGCAGCCAGCAGUACCGGGCCCUGACGGUGCCUGAGCUCACCCAGCAGAUGUUCGACGCCAAGAACAUGAUGGCUGCCUGUGACCCCCGCCACGGCCGCUACCUGACCGUGGCCACCGUCUUCCGCGGGCGCAUGUCCAUGAAGGAGGUGGACGAGCAGAUGCUGGCCAUCCAGAGCAAGAACAGCAGCUACUUCGUGGAGUGGAUCCCCAACAACGUGAAGGUGGCCGUGUGUGACAUCCCACCCCGGGGGCUCAAGAUGUCCUCCACCUUCAUCGGCAACAGCACGGCCAUCCAGGAGCUGUUCAAGCGCAUCUCGGAGCAGUUUACCGCCAUGUUCCGGCGCAAGGCCUUCCUGCACUGGUACACGGGCGAGGGCAUGGACGAGAUGGAGUUCACCGAGGCCGAGAGCAACAUGAACGACCUGGUGUCCGAGUACCAGCAGUACCAGGACGCCACAGCCGAGGAGGAGGGCGAGAUGUACGAAGACGAUGAGGAGGAGUCCGAGGCUCAGGGCCCCAAAUGAAGCAGCUGGAGGGGCGGAGCCAGGCUGUGGCUGUGGCCAAGAGGCCUGUCCCCCAGAGCCAUGCCGCCACUGACACCACCCCCAGCCUUGUCCCCACCAGCUCUGGUCACGGCACCCUAGGGCUCCUGAGUGUUUGUCCUCCAGUAUUUACGGCAUCCCCACCCCACAUGAGUCCCGUCUUCCCACCAUAGGUCAGGUCAACUUCUGUGUCUGCUUUAUUGUCAGCUCCAGGCCUGUUUUAUGGUUUGUUUUGUUUUAUUUUUACUUUAAUUUUUUUUACUGGUUUGUGUUUAUAUUUUGGGGGGGGAUACUUAAUAAAUUUAUUGCUGUCAGAUA